ACAUGUGGGAUUAGACCAGCUGAAGUUUCUCUCCACAUAUUUCAGCAGCUCAUUGAAGACUAUUGGAGAUGGCGUCUGAGAAAAAGGACACCGGUGAAGUUUUGAAGGAUCAGAAUGUAUUUCUUCGAAUCCUCAAUAUUCGUUCUGUCAAUGCUGCUCUGGAAUCUAUUGAGAAGACGUACAUCAGUACGAAGCAGUCUCAUCCCAUUAUAAGCUCUGUUUGUGGCCUGUAUGAGAAAGGAGUGAGUAGGGCUGGAAACCUGGCUGUGUGGAGCAUGAAACCUGCCCUCCAUGUGCUACAGCCCCAGCUUGUCGCAGCAAACUCACUGGCCUGCAAAGGACUGGACCGACUGGAGGAGAAGGUACCAGCUUUGCAGUCUCCACCUGCUGAGCUGGCAGCGAACAUAAAGGGGCUAGUGUCUUCAACCCUGGAAGCUGCCAAGGAUGGGAUGAUCUGUCCAUUCAAACACAGCUCUAAUGUUGUACUGGGCAAGGUUUCUUCAAGGUACCAGCAGAGUAAGAACACUCUAAGUGGCGGCAUACAAUACAUCGUGAACAGCAGGCUUGUCUACUUGGCAGAGCGGAGAGUCAACAGGGCUCUAAGUCUGACAGAGAACCUGAUCGACUGCAUCCUUCCUGGAACUUCAGACAAGAAAGAGAAUGAUGGGAGUAUGGAAGAGCAACAGGAGCCUUAUGUUGGAGCUUCUGACCCCAUGCCGAUCUUUAGCAGGCUUGGAGCUCUGGCCAGCACCAUCUGCAGACGUGCCUUUGAAAAGACAUUUGCACAGCUCCAGCACUCCACACACCAGGGUCACACACUGGUCAAGCGGAUCCCUGGCUUGAAUCCUCUGGUUGAAUUGACCAUGAGCACUAUGAGGACCAUGGGAGGUAUAAUAGUAGGAUUCCCAAGCUCAAUAGCAAUGUAUUUGAAAAAUGGCCAACAGCACAGUCCUCUAAAGGAGAUGGCCAAUGAUGAGCAUGAGCAAGUCAAGAGUAAUGGGCUGGUCAGUGGAUUAGGGCAGCGGUUACUCAAAGUCUAUGGAUCUGUGGUGGCUAAUAUAAAGAAAACCCCUCGAACCAGCUUCAAUCUGGCUAAAGAUGGAGUGAACAUUGUCCUGGGUUCCUUGGGCACAGUCAGCGGGAAAGCACUCCACAAGCUUUCUUAUUAUGGGCUGAUUCCUAGGCGACUAUCCAAGACUGAAGGAGGUUCCCAACCUGCUGAAAAAGAUGGAGCAGAGGAAUGUCUGUGUGGCUUCCUGGUGCUGGAAUCCAAUGUAGAAAACAUCAUUUACAGUCGCAAUGACAACUCUGAGAAACAGCCUCUUAAGGUUACAGAACCUGUGGACAUUUCGGAGGACACCCAUCAACUAAAGAAGAAGGUCAUGAAACAGAUUCCUUUGCAACACAGAGUAGUUCUUGGGGGAAGUAAUAAGAAAGUCUCCAACCACAGAGCCAGUAGAAAGAAAAGUCUGACAGAUCACAGCCAAAUCUCUUCCUCCUCUUCAUAUAUUCGCACUAUUCAAAACAGCAGGAGUGCCACCGUUACUUUAGAGUGAGAAUAGAAAGGAGAGAGCCAGUUAUAUGCCCGCUGUGAGUGUUCUUUUAAAAAGUCAUGACCAGGUUAGGAUUGUUAUGAGUCCUGGCAGUGCGUUACAUCAUCACUUUUACCAGAUGUUAAAGUUAACAGUCAUUUACCUACAUUUACAGUAAUUAUAU